AUGCAGUUAUCAAGUCUAUUUCUCUUGGCUGCUUCGACGGCCACUUGCGUGCUUCCCGUCGCCGCACACGACUUGGGCGACCUCGAAUCGGUACUAGAGCCAGAAGGUUUCAAUGUUUCCGAAGCAGUCUUGAAGUUGGGUGUCGCUGUAGCCGAAAUCCCUCCUCUGGAAGAUGCUGGCAAGCGGCUCGGGACCGGGUCCCCCUCAACCGGGUGCUCUACAGCUUGCGCUUCAUUGAAACUUAUAUAUGGCGACACCGCUGUCCUUGUGGCGGGAAAUGACACAGCUUGCAUUGAUUUCAUUGGCUCAUACUGGUCAGCAAUCCAAGCCGAGGUUAGGCCCCGCUGUAUCUUCCAGCCGUCUAAACCAGAAGAGGUAUCAGUUGCCGUUCUCCUAGCGCGGCUAACGCAGUGCCCCUUCGCGGUCAAGAGCGGCGGACAUGCUGCCAUGGCGGGGGCGUCCAACGCUGAGGGCGGGAUCACCGUCUCUUUCACGAAUAUGAAGUCUAUUUCGCUGUCGGCAGAUAGAACAGUUGCAUCAAUACAACCUGGGAACGUUUGGGGCGAUGUCUAUGCAGAAUUGACCAAGUCGGAUGUCACCGUUAUAGGUGGACGACUGUACAAUAUUGGUGUAGGAGGACUGAUCACUGGAGGCGGCAUCGCAUACUCUUCUGGCGUCUACGGAUGGGCUUGUGAUAACGUUGAGAGCUUCGAUGUAGUAAUCUCGAGCGGAGCCAUCAUCCGAGCGACGGCGACCCAGUUCCCGGACUUUUACUGGGCCCUCCGCGGCGGCGGUAACAACUUUGGAAUUGUCGUUGGCUUCAACCUCUUCACCCACCCGCUACCCGGUGGCAGAAUGUGGGGUGGCACCAGGGCAUACACCGAAAACAGCUUCCCCCAGGUCGCCGAGGCCUUCGCUAACAUGGUCGCCAACGCGGAGCAGGAUCCCAGGGCCGGACUCUGGCACGUGUAUACUCUCUACAACGGCAGCAAGAUUUCCUCGACGGAACUGUAUUACGCGGAGCCAGACGGCAAUGACGCCCCGAUCCUAUCCGACUGGAACGCUAUCCCCGCCGUCUCGGACACGACGCAGAACCGCGUCAUCGCCGAGUAUGCCAGAGUGGGCAUGGACUCCACACCGCCAGGGUUGCGGGAGGUCUACGCCGUCAUCAGCACCAAAGCCAGUAUCGAGAUUGUCGAGCUCGCCCGUGACAUCUACUUCGAGGAGGUCACCGCCGUUGUGGAUUUGCCGGGCAUUGUGCCCGUCCUCGUGUUCCAGGGUAUCAGCGUCCCGACAUUGAAGCAUAUGCAGAGAGACGGCGGCAACGCCCUGGGUUUAGAAGUGGAAGACGGUCCGUUUUACAUAAUACAGGUUCCAGUCAUGUGGAGCAACCAAGAGGACGAUGACGCGGUGUACGCCUUUGCGUCUCGGGUACUGGAGAGAAUCAACGGCGAAGCCGAGGCGCGGGGGCUGAGCAACGACUACGUGUACAUGAACUACGGCAGCCAGUACCAAGAUGUCAUUAGCGGGUACGGGGCGGAAAACAAGGACCGGUUGAAGAGGAUAGCCAAGAAGUAUGAUCCAAGGGAGGUCUUCCAGAAGCUGCAGCCGGGGUACUUUAAGCUUGACCGCGCGCCACUUCAGGAUCCACGAUAUUUCAACUGGUAG